AUGCUCUCACGUGUUGCUGCUGUGAAGGCACCCCGCACACACAACCGUCGCCGCGUGACCGGAUCCAGCGGAAGGAGGAGGGAAGGCAGAGAGAGUGAGCCGCAGAGGCCCAACAUGUCCUGGCGUGUGUUUACUUCCGCGGUGCUGCUCCUAUUUGUCUUGAUGAUGUGCUGCGGCAGCUGCGAAGCUUCGGCCGCUCAGGAGAAUAAUUUAAAGACGAUGCUGUUUAGGAAAGGGGAUUCGUUUGAUGAUUCGGAGAACAAAAAUAUGUCACAAGCGUUUGAUUCUUUCCGUGCACCUUCUCUUGUUGUGGUGAAUGGCCUUGUAGUGGCCAUAGUUGAAGCGCAUUACACAAACUCCACGGAUAAAGAACUGUAUGUUGGCCUUGUUGCAAAGUCGAUGACGGUGAAUGAAAAGAAAUGGACGAAUGGAACUGCCAUUGUGUUUGAUCAUUACGACGUAAAAGUUUACCGCCUGUUGAGCCCAACUUCUAUUGUGGACAAUGGAGACAUAAAGGCUGUUCUUGGGGGCUACGGCAAGUCAGGGAAUCCAUUGACGGAGUUGGUCGGUGAUGGUAAAUAUUGGACGUCCAGGUACGCGAGUGGUCAGAUUUUUGUUGGCGGGGGUGAUGGUGAGGAAAAGGAGUUUGGAUGGGAUCAAGGUACCACCUCGAAAUUUUUUCCUGGUCUUUUUAAAAACUUCAAAGCCAAUGCAGAACCAUACAAACAAUUUCUGGGUGGUGGUGGCGCAGGCAUUAGGAUGGAGGACGACAGUCGCUAUGUGCUGCCUAUUCAAGCCUUGAAACAUGAUGGAAAGAAAGUUUCUUUGGUUGCCCUUGCAGAAAAAUCUUCUUUUGGUUGGGAGUUCUCAGAUGCUACGAGUGAUGAUGGCUGCAUUCAGCCCGCGGUUCUUGAAUGGGAGGACGGCGAUCUCGUUAUGAUGACGUCGUGUGAGGACGGCAGCCGCAGGGUUUACUGGUCAAGCGCCAUGGGGAGUUGGUGGAUGGAGGAAUACGACACUCUUUCACGCGUGUGGGGCAACUCGCUGAAACGUACAGGGCACGGCGUGCAGGGUGGCUUCGUCAGCGCGACGAUCGAUGGACAGAGAGUCAUCCUUGUCAGCCAGCCGGUAUAUUCUGAGAAGGAUAAAAAAGAAACGGGUCGACUUCACUUGUGGCUGACGGACAUGCAGCGAAUUUAUGAUGUUGGGCCGAUAUCCGCUGAAAAUGAGAACGUCGCCGCCAGCACUCUGCUGUACGCCGCAGACGAAGUGCCGUCAUUGGAAGGGGUAGAAUCGAAGGAAGUAGAGGGAAGACUGCACUGCUCUUACGAGGUCGCUGCAGGGGACGGUAAGUACAACAUUGCUUUUCUGGACUUGACGGAGAAAUUGAAGGACGUGAAGAAGGUAUUGGCUGCUUGGAAGGAGAAGGACGCGUACAUUGUGAAAGAAUAUGGCUGCACGGUCGAAAGCAAUGCUAAGAGGCGCCGGGAAUGUGGUGUUGUUGGUGAACUCACGAAAGGGCUGGUUGGCUUUUUAUCCAGCACGUCAAAUGAAAACACAUGGAUGGACGAGUACCUCGGGGUGAACGCCACAAUAACGAAAGUAACGGGAGGAAAAGUGACCAGCACGGAGAAGGGCGUGAAGUUCCGGGGAGCGUGGGCGGAGUGGCCUGUUGGCAGGCAGGGGCAGAAUCAGCUGUACCACUUUGCGAACUACAAGUUCACUCUUGUGGCGACGGUGUCCAUCCACGAGGUGCCGGAGGGAGGUACCCCCAUUCCUUUGUUGGGUGUGAAGCUGAGUGAAACCGACAGCCCGCUGAUUUUUGGUCUUUUUUACACCCACGACAAAAAGUGGAUGGUGGCAUUCAACGGCAGUUUUGAGGCUCCGUCGCAUGAUGACGAUGUCGAAUGGAAACCAAACACGAAAUAUCAUGUGGCACUGCAUAUGGAUUCUGAUGAUGGGUUGAUGGUGUACGUGGAUGGAAAGACGAUAUACGACAGCGAAUAUGAGGUCUAUGGACACGAGGACGAUGAGGAUUAUGAGAGCUUUCCUCAAAAGUUAAAAACGCUGUUGAGGCCCCACGGCAUCUCGCACUUCUACAUUGGCGGGGACGGCAAAAGCGAAUCGGGCAACAUUGACGUGACGGUGAGCAACGUCCUGCUGUACAACCGCGCAUUGAAAAAUGAUGAACUUAAAGCGCUAACGAAGGCGGACGCUGUUGGCACUCCAGAGGCGAAUGUUUCGGCUUUGAAAGGUGCGCCUCAAAGCAAUCAUGCGAGUGAAACUCUUAUUCAAUCUGACAGUGAGACUUUUGUCAUCAAAGAAGUGAAGCAAGACGCCACGUCAUCACAGCAGAGAAAAGACGCACAAGAUCGGUCAUCAGAAGAGGAAAAUAAAAAGACCGCUGCUUCGGCCACAUAUUCUGACAGCCAUGCCGUGGCCGACACAAAGAGGAGGGAGGAGCAGAUGGAGAAAGCGGCAAACGAUGUUGAUGACCUGCCGCCCCCCUUGUCUCCAGCACCGGAGGCAGCCAGCGGCCACAAAUCACCCGAUGCCGAGGAUGCUCUCGGCGUGGAGCACCCUGAACAGGAGGAAGAGUCAUUGCUGCCCAUCGUUGCUGGAUCGACGGUGGAUGAGGCGAGCGAAAUGGAUGAGGCCAUUCCGCAGAGUCGAACCUCUGACGAUCCGGCGCAGCAAACCACUUUACCUCUUCUUUCAGAGGGCGUGGACGACGAGCCGUCUUCUCUCUCCACGUCCACCAGCAAUCAACGCAGCGACCGCGAAGAGAAGGAGGCGCACUCCCAUGCUGCCGUGGGCACGAACAGCGGCCUCAACUCAUCCAACACCACUGAAGUGACGACUGCGGAUGUUACAACAGCCACCUCUGAGCCCAAAAGCGAUCCAACAACUGUUCAACGCGAAGAUGACGUGUCGGAUGACGUUGGUGCUGCACCGGAUCAUCCGAACACAGAGCCUGGGGAAAGAGAUAUCCAAUCGGAGUCCAACGCAGCGCCGCUCUUGGGCAAUGAAAUUUUUGAUGUGGAGAAUAUCACCGAGUUGUUGUCUGUGGGUGUAAAGGGUGACAGCACCGUGCAGGGUUGUGUAUCUCGGAUGCUAUUAUUGCUGCUGCUUCUGGGGCUGUGGGGCACUGUGGCUCUCUGCUGA